CGUUGUCACUAUUGCUCACAAAUGGAGGCAGCCAAAAAUUGAAAUGUUGACAGAUAAUUUAGUCCAUUAUACAUAUAAUAAUAUUUUUGCAAAUCCAUGAAGUUCGUAUACAAUGUUCGAUCAACCUGCGUACAAAUUUCAUAAUAAAGAUUUAAAUAUGUGCAUCAAGAUAUCUGACGAUUAUUGGAAAUUUGAAUUUAAAUCGGGAAAUGUGUCUAACAUAACCAAGAGUAUACCCUUCAAAUAUGUGUGGCUCCAGGGGUAUAUUGAACAGACAGCUGGAAAAGAGAAAGAAAUUGCUAUUGUCAGCGAUGGUACAGGUAGAGUUAAGAUCACACAUUGCAAUGCUGUGCCCGGAGGCAGUUCUUGGUUGGAUAAAGGAAAAUACUGUUCUGUGGUUGGAACCUUAGUCAGAGAAUCUGGACUUCCUGAAGUUGCUGCAUUGAAGCUCACAGAUUUAAGUCAAAAUCCUAUUUUAUCCUCCGUGUGGCCUCUUGAAGUGGAAGAACUUCAGCUCUUACUUACAGAACAAGCAAUGCCUAAAUUGUGUGGUUCAUGAGACAGUUUUAUCCGUAAAUUGGGUGUUAUAUGUUAUAUAUAGCUAGAACUCUAACUGUAACUUCCAGUCAAUGUAUCUUCUUAUGUAACCUAGAGUCGGACAUAUAGAAAACAUGUCACUGUUCGUAUUGUUGUAGGCUUUGCCU